AUGGACACUGUUUGGAAGCCAUAUCUCAAGUCCUCGGACGACGAUUGGACACGCCUGUCAGACCCCGCCGAGCGGAAACGAGUUCAGAACAGACUCUCGCAGCGAGCUAGACGAAUCAAACUUGCUCAUAAACAGGCUCGAGAGAUGUCGCGUGCCUAUCAUCGUGAACGUCUUCCACAAGGCGGUCAGGUCCCAGAUACUCAAGAUUUGACUAGUGCAGAGACAGGCUCGAUUGCGCCCAUCUCCAAGGCCCCGAGUGUGUUCUUACAAAGUGAAAUGAGCCUGGAUCCCGGACGCGAUACUCACUUCAUCAUUAUGCAUGCCAUGACCGCCUCCGUUGCGUUCAUCCGCAUUGCUGAUCUGCUCGAGCUUGCCUGUCUACAAGACAGCGGGUUUAACAUUUGCGCCCCUAUUGAGAGGUUACCCCCAACAAUCAUACCAACUUUGAACCAGCAAACUAUCCCACACCGGCCUUACGUUGAUAUGCUGCCCUGGCCCUCGGUGCGCGACCGAUUACUAGUCACACGCUCGGCUAUCAACGAGCUGGAGUUUGUUCAAGACAUGUCAUUAGAUGGCUUGAAAAUUUGGGGCUCAACUCCUUGGGACCCGAUGGCUUGGGAGAUUGGUCCCGCAUUUGCCAGGAAAUGGUGGUUCCUCUUGGACGAUAAUAUCAUGCAUACCACCAAUUUCUGGCGUCGGCAGCGAGGAGAAGAAGAUCUCAUCUUGACGCAGCCGUGA